AUGUCUCGAUCCAUCUCAUUAAGAGGCUCUACAAGAACCAUCACAGAGUUCUUCGAGUAUAGCAUCAAUUCCAUCCUGUACCAGCGCGGUGUAUACCCUCACGAUGAUUUCACGUCUGCCAAGAAGUACGGUCUAACGUUGCUGAAGACCAGCGAUGAGGAGUUAAGGGCCUACAUACGAGUGAUUCUACUGCAAGUGCACAAAUGGCUGAUAGGUAGGAAAUGUAACAAGCUGGUCUUAUGCAUUGUGGAUAAAGAUGAGGGAGAAGUUGUUGAACGAUGGGCAUUCGAUGUACAUCACUAUGGCAAAGAUGGAAAUACAAACGACGAGCAGGCUCACGAGCCCAUAGAUCCCAGUGAAACUCAGAACCAGAUAAGAGCUCUUAUCAGGCAAAUUACGGCAAGUGUUACGUUUCUGCCUGACCUGGCGAAUGAAGGGAACUUUACUUUCAAUGUAUUGGCCUACACCGAUGCCGAUGCUAAAGUACCUUUAGAAUGGAGCGACUCAGAAAGUAAAACUAUUAAAGAAGCCGAGACGGUCCAGUUUAAGACUUUUUCAACUGAUGAUCAUAAAGUGACAGCGCAAGUUAGUUAUAAACACUGA